GAUAAACGAGGAACUACCGAAAGUCUGAACUAGAGUUAAACAUUAAUUUAUCGUCAUAAUUUCGUUAUGCGCCCAGCCCGCCCUAUUUCGUUAGAUCAAGCAAAGCCCAAACCCUCACUCGCCAGCUACGACUCCUCCACCAUCGACGGCAGCUACAGCCACCGCCAAACAACGGCCACGACGCAGUCAGUAACGCAUUGAAUCUCGCUGCCUUCUUCUCCUGUUAUCAACAGCGGCGGCUGCGGUUUGCGACAAGCCCUUAGAUUUUGUUAUUGAAAAAAGUAUAGAAGAGUGCAAAUGCCUCCAUUAAAGUUGCACAACCUUAAAUUUCAAGUUGGGGAUUCACUAGAGUCAAAGUCCUUCCAGCGAGGUUAUCGUGGUGCAUGGUUUCGAUGCAAGAUCAGAGAAAUUCGCCAGAAAAAUGAUAUGGUGACCUAUCUGCUGGAGUAUAUUGACUAUCCUGACCAAAAGCCUAUUUGGACCAAGUUAUAUCAGAAGGGCCCAGCUAGUAUUAGCAAAUCAAAGAGAUCCAAUAUGGAGUUGAUGGUGCGACCUUCAUUUCCUACCAUCUAUCGAGAAAGUGAAAAGCCUGAUAUCAGUGCCAUCUCAGGAGUGAUCAUUAUUGUUGAUAACACAUGGAAGGUGGGGGAUUUGAUUGAUUGGUGGAAAGAUGAUUGCUAUUGGUCAGGAAGAGUGACUAAAAUACUGAGAAAUGAUCAAGUUAAGAUUGAUCUGCUGCCAGUUCCAUUUGGCGAGGGGAUGUCUGAUGUAGCUUCAAGCAGGGACCUGCGCCCUUCAUUGGAUUGGUGUCCGGAAAAGGGUUGGACAGUGCCUAUGCCCACUUUGCAGGAGGGUGGACACGGGCGUGUUUGUGCUGAGAUAGUUAAUCCACCAAGUACAGGGAUUAACAUCCAUGCUUCGGACGGAGCAGUGGAGGUUGGUCAGCCUGCAGUAAGGACAUAUUCUUCACACUCUUCUCAGAAUUCAAUAGUGAAGAGAAAGCAAUUUGACACUACUGGAAACCGUACGGAGAUUGAUGAAAUUGACAGUAAAAUCAGAAAAACUUGUUUUUCUGAUAGCAUUUCAAGUUCACACAGUAUGGAUGCAUCAAUUGGAAAUACGGAAAGGAUUCCCACAAAUGGUGAAUCCAAUAAUCAUGAGUAUCCCUCAAAAAAGAUGAGAAGCAGCGAUAGCCUUGGUUUGAAUUGCAUGUCUUCCAAUACAAUAGAAGCAGCAGUUUUGGACUUGGAGGAACUUGUAAAUAGGAUCAAAUGGUUAAGGGGUAUACUGAAUUUUGGGAUUCCAUCUUCAUGUACUAAGCAACCAUCUUGGGAAUUUUCCCAACACCAUGCAACCUAAUGUUAGACCUCAGGCUAAUAUGAUUUGGUGUUGAAUACUUUAUACAUAGUAUACAUUUCCUAUUUUCGGC